UCUGGCCCCGAAGGGCGGGGGAAGAAGCCGGAAGUCUGGUGAACUCUGGCAGUGGAGAUGGAGGAGUACGAGUCGGUUCUCUGUGUCAAGCCGGAGGUUCAUGUCUACCGCAUUCCCCCGCGGGCCACCAACCGCGGCUACAGGGCCUCAGAAUGGCAACUGGACCAGCCAUCAUGGAGUGGCCGACUGCGGAUCACUGCAAAAGGUCAGGUGGCCUACAUCAAGCUGGAGGAUAGGACCUCAGGUACAGAUACAGGAGGGGAGCUCUUUGCACAGGCUCCAGUAGAUCAGUUUCCUAGCACAGCUGUGGAGAGUGUGACUGACUCCAGCAGGUACUUCGUGAUCCGAAUUGAAGAUGGAAAUGGCCGACGUGCUUUUAUCGGAAUUGGCUUUGGGGACCGAGGGGAUGCCUUUGACUUCAACGUGGCAUUACAGGACCAUUUCAAGUGGGUGAAGCAGCAGUGUGAGUUUGCAAAACAAGCCCAGAACCCAGAUGAAGGCCCCAAAUUGGACCUGGGCUUCAAGGAGGGCCAGACCAUCAAGAUCAACAUCGCAAACAUGAAGAAGAAGGAAGGAGCAACUGGGACGUCCCGAGCCCGGCCAGCCAGCACAGGAGGGCUGAGCCUGCUUCCGCCACCUCCAGGGAGCAAGACUUCCACCCUCACCCCUCCCUCUGGGGAGCAGUUGUCUGUUGGGGGCUCUUUGGUCCAGCCAGCAGUUGCUCCUGGUUCAGCUGCCCAGGAUCAUGAGACUGACACCAGGUCUCAUAAUUUGGUCCCUGAGACCAUCAGGAAGAAGUCUCUGAUUCCAUCUCUUUCUCUUUCUCCCUGCCCACUGGACUUAGGGACAUCACUAGGAGGUGCCACUGUGCUCUGGCCACGGCCUAAGCCUGUUACUCCUGCCACCACUGACAUUUGGGGCGACUUCACCAAAUCCACAGGGGCAUCUUCUAGCCAGUCUGAGCCAGGCACAGGUUGGGUCCAGUUUUGACCUGCACAACUUCUUUCUCAUAUGACUUCUGGGAAGGAGCCGCCUCAUCUGGGCCCACGGAAGGAAGAGGAGCACUUCCUGGCUGUCCCUGAACCAUCAGCUGUGCUUUCCUCACUCGGCUCUCCUGACAGCUUGAGCACAAGAAAGCAGUGAACUGCUGUCACUGUCACAGUCACACUGGACUUGGGGUUCAGGUGCUGCACGGCGAGAAGACAGGCGAGGAAACACUCCAGGGUCCCCAUCCCCACCUGCUCUUUUGACGUGAGGGACCCAGACCUGCCUUCCUCCAUCGCAGUGAUCCAUAUUAAAUACAGCCCCCAAAGCACAGAACAAGUUGUGUUUGUGGCCUAGAUUCAGCUCUGCCUCUCGGGUUGGCAGGUAUCACAGGGUCGCUGUUGGCAGGUGACUCCUAAGGAAGAGUCCUUCCUGACUUCUAGCAGAUCUUUCGACUAGAGUGAAUGGGUCAUCAUCGGGGGACUUGGAAGAGUUGAGCAUUCUGAAAAUGUAAAUAUUUUGCUCUGUUAAUGUGCUGAGCUGCACUAAUAUGUUCUUGCAAGAGAGACCUGCCAUGGUAAGGGUCUCUGCCUCACUCCUUGAGUCCCAGUGGUAGCAGUGUGCAUUUGCCUGCCCACCUGCUUUCCCUGUCCAUCAGCCAGGCCACUGCAGGCUAGGUAGGCUCUGGAAGCCAGGCAGUGCUGGGGUGGGAAGGUGGAAGCAGCUGGGUCAGCCUGCCCACCUCUGCUCCAGGUUCAUGGUGUAGCUGGCCGGCUCAGACUCCCCUGGGCCUUCUGAAGUGGCUUAUAUGCAGAUAGCCUCUUCCUCUCAUUUCCUUCAGAGACCGUAAGUGACAGGAGUUGCUCCGCCAGCUGGACGUCCAGGCUGCCUGGAAUACUGGUUUAUAAGAAAUGAUUUUCUUCCUGGUAUACCUCCAAAAUGUCUUUAUUAACUUAAACUUAUUUCUCAGUUGAAAGGUUUCUUUUUUGAAGGCUCAAGACCGUGAACUGAAAAAAGUGUUGACCUUUUGUGGGACCAGAGUUUAAGAUGAAAAGAAUAAUAAAUGUUUUCACUUCUGUCA